AUGUCAGAUAACCAAGAUCCUGGCGGCGCAGCUGAAGUGGAGUACAACGUUGAGAAGCUCCUCGAGGCUGAGGUCAGUUACGACGCUAUCGACAACAAGAAGACGUACUUUUACUACGUCAAGUGGGAGGACUAUUCUUCUGAUGAGAAUAGCUGGGAACCUGAGUCAUGUAUCAGCACAGACGAGUGUAUCAAAGAUUUCUGGAAUGCUGUUGGGAUCAACAAGCCUCCUCUUAGCAGCUGCGCUCUUAAAACUCACUGGGCCCCCUACAAGAAGCCCGCCAAGAAGGAGAAGCGCUCUUCGAUCACUCAGAAGAACAAAUCCGCGAAGAAGCGCAAGUCUAGUCCCAGUCCUGUGCGUGAAACUCCACCCAGGAAGCGCAAGUCAGCUGAAAAUGCAAAACCUGGCGAAAGCAACAAGCGUAUUAAGAAGGCUGUCCCACAUGUGAGCGAUGGCUCCUCAAUUGAGAGCAACGGCCAUGGAAACGGCAGUGACAGCGACAGCGACACCGACGUUGAAGUCAGCACCGGGAAAUCACCUCCAAAGAAAUCUCCGAUGAUAGCCUCCCCAGUCAAAGCAACCUCCAAUUCAAACAAAGCCAAGAAACCUCAAAAGCGUGUCAGCUUUUCUAAUCAGGAAGCUGAAUUUCUGAAUUCUAUCAACGAUGAUCUCAUUCCUUCUCCACCAGAAUCAAAUGAUGAACAAGUAUCAGAUGAAGAGGAUCUGCAGAAUCGCACUAGACAGGAAGCCCUACGUAUGAUGAGCAAUAAAGCUAAAAACAGACCAUUCAGGCCAAGGAAAAGUGAUACCGUCAAAGAAACUGCUAAAGAGAGGAGGGAGAGGGUUAAGGACGAAGCUGAUCAGCGUCAAGCUGAAGAAGCUAAACGUCGGGAGGACGAAAGAAGGAAACAACUUCUCGAAAGAGAGAAGGAAAAGGACAGGCAAGAGGAGGUGAAGAGGAAAGCUGUAGAGAGCCAGAAAAAGGCAGACGAAGCAAUUCGUAAAGCUGAACAAGAAGAGAAGAGAAGGGAGAACGAAUUAGCAAUCAAGAAUGGCUCUAAAGUGCCCACUAUUCGCAAGAGAGAUCCUCCCAAGGUGCAGUCCGUCGAAGCCCUUUGGAAUACAAUUGAUGGUCAUCAAAACGCUGCUAGAUUGAGUGUGUAUGAAAAGACGACUGGCAAUAAACUCCCAAAGGUUGGUGGGCAUAAGGAUUCUUGUGUAGGAAAUGGGGCGGGUUCAGCAGAAACCACUGCACACACUCCAGCUCCCAGCUCUUCAUUUAAUGGAAUCAGACCCCGCUCAAGCUAUUCUGGUAAGGCUGAUAACGCUGAUAACCCAAGAAUCGAUCAACCACAAAUGUCUCCACCUCUUCAACAGCAGAAUCUUCAAAACUUACCUCUGCAGCUGCCACCACCACCACAACCAGCUCAGCAGCAACAGCCUCAGCAACAAUCUAGAGUUCAGGCGAACAGAAAAGGUCAACAACCAAGCAGCCAAUUCAAGCCUCCAGCAAGACAGGCACAACAACCAAUGGACAACAUCUACCCAGCAAGGCAGACACAAGAACCUCAGGAAAUAAUCCACCCAGCAAGACAACAGAACAACUUCGACUCACCUUCGAAUGGUGUUUUUACAAGAGAGAAAAACAUGCUUGAAGACAAUGAGGAGGAUUUUGAAAAAUACGAUACUUCAAAAUCAGCUAAGAAGCUUCAGAAACAGUCGGAACGUACUGCUAGCAAUACACUCCCACUAGGCAGCAAGAGGAGUUGGGGAGGUGGACAGCAAAGUGGAGCACCAGUAUCAACAUCAACAUCAACAUCAACAUCAGCAUCAGCACCAGCACAAGCACUAGCACCUCGGCGUUCAACUGAAGAACCUCUUCAAGCUCGGAACCAGCCUAAUAAGGAUCCUCGCAAGCUGCGUCAACAGCAGCAACAAGCUGCAAAGGCCGAGAAAGAAGCACAGGCAGCACAUACGACUAAGACAAAACAUGAAGCACAGGCAGCACAGACAGCACAGACAGCACAGACAGAAGAAGCGGUAAAAGCACAGGGAGAACAGGAAUUAAAAGCACCACAUGCACAGGCACAGGCACAGCUGCAGCUGCAACAACAACCACGACAACCACCGCAACCACCAUCACUAGCUGAGUCAGUACCCGAAGCACUCUUCAGGGAUGAUGACAAAGAAAAAGCAAAUACCCGGAAAGAUAGCAAGGAGGGUGUUGUUCUUCCAAACAACUUGCGCAGAGAAUCAACAACACCGCAGCCAUCGCAUGACCUGCCAGUAAUGUAUAGCAAGAAUUUACCAACCGAUGCGCUCUGGAAGGGUGUGAUGUUCGCUCAUCAGAAGAGACUCGGCAAUGUUGGUUUUGUCGAUGUGACAAUAGCAAGUGAAGAGGAAAAUGUUGCUCCCCCUAUGAGUAUGAAAGACUCCCUACAAUACCUAAAGGAGUUGAAACUCGUCUGCUUCCUCGAUGCUCAAAGUUUCAAGAAACAUGUCAACCAAGUCAACCAGGUCGUCGAGGUGAUGUCGCCUGAUUUUUCCAUGAGACGUUUCUUAAAAGAACUCGUCGGGUUCGACAAAGUUGGUAUUUUCCAGGUUGACGGAGGUGACAAUAGCGCAGAGUCAGACGAGAUACGCUUUAUUGCGUUCGCUCCUGCGAAGAUACCAGAUUUGAGAGUGUACUUCAAUUUACCAAAGGAGAAUCAGAUCUUUGCACUCCUCGUGACGAUGCCUAGAAAUGUCAAAUUGCAGUUCGAAAAGAUCGACAAGUGGGAUAGAGAAAAUGCGAAUAAUGAGGAUGAGGAUGAGGAUGACAAGAUAAGGGUGCAGCGUGAGAUUGCUGAGACGAAAAGAUGCGAAGAAGCAAAUAGGGAGAGUCUCACAGAGGCUACAGCAACUGACCAAAGAGUGACUGCAAAUGGGCACUCUACGUCAAUGGAUGUAUCUAUAAACGAGGGUAUUGGUGUGACUCAGCCUGCGAUAGUUGUGGAUGGAGAGACUGGCUCGGCUGAAUUGACUGACAACGAUGCUACGAAUGUCAACAAUGCUACCAGUGUAAAUAAUGCUUCCCUUGGCUCCCAAGCUGCACCUCCAACUGCGUCUCAACCGGUUCUUGUUUCUACUCCUGCUCCUGCUCCUCAAAGUGCUCAGCCUACCUCUCAACCUGUCUCUCAAUCAACAAGUGCCUCUGCUGAUCCACGUCUUUCUCGCCACCAAGCUGAUAAUAACAUAGGCAAAACACCUACCCCAGAACCAUCUGGGCUGCCUCAAGAGUUAGUCGAGAAGGAGAAAGCGAAGCGGAAUCUCAUCGAAACGAAUAAACGCGAGCAAGUCGAGAAGAAGCAGCGUGAAGAGACGACUGCAGCGGGAAAAGGAGUAGUAUCAAAUAGACACUCAUUUGCGACUAUGCACACAUCUACAAGUAAAGAAUCACAGCAUAGUAAUGCUACGUCAAGUGAUGACGCUGCCAGCAAUCGCAAUGCAAAUACCAAUGCUGCAGCCACAACAACACCUCAAUCUGCUCUUACAGACCCGCGUGUUUCUCGCCGUCAAACUGAGAAUAAAGGAGCUUCCGCACCUUCAUCAUCGACAUCUGCUGGAACAUCAAGAGAUACUCGCCUGGCGCGCAACCAACAGACAAAGACAGUGAAGGAAGAAAUGAUCAAGAAAGAGGCGGGAGUAGCACCACCACUAUCUAUGUCCAAGACAUUAGAGGAGAUAGCCAAGUACAAAAAGGAAUUAAAUUUCUCAUCUUCGAAAAUGAGAUCCUUGGGUAUAGAUGGAAAGCUGUAUAGAAUAUCAGCUCCACCGUUUGUCAGCGAACAAAGUAACCAAUUGCGCUUAAUUCUUACACAUCACAAAUGUAAAGAAGCUACAGGAAACUUUGAAGAGGCAUCGAGGGCAGCUACGUUACGGUUUAUACAUCUCCAGCAGAUCGACUAUGUCGCGAGUAUGCCUGGUAUCACUGACGCUAGAUGUAACAAGUCUGUUAGGUUUUUCUUGUUCGGUAAGAAUGAAAAAAUUCCCAAAGAGCUGUGGAAAGUGAAUGAGAUAUACAGAUGUGGUGGUUUAAUUACAUUCACCUCGAGAGUCCUAUCUCAGGAGACGGAGAAAGUAAUUGAGCUUCUUGAACUAUUUGCAGCUGUUAGAAAUCAAAAUACGUACUGGCAAGCAUUUGUCCUUGAUGACGUCUACAAGAAGGCCAUUUAUACAUUGAGGGAAGAGAUCGCGGUGAGGUCUGAGAACCAACCGGAGGAAUAUCGACUGGAACUGCUUAGAAGUCUGUUCAAGCCAACAGGGAAGCUCAUGUCAUUUGGUCAGCUACCUGCAAACAAUCCUAAUCCAGUCACACCCACAGAAAAACAGUAUAUGUUAUCGAGAAUAAGUAGGAGAAAGGGACAGUUUAACGGAGAUACUAUAAUGGGUACUGCUAUUUCGCGUCUACCUGAGGGACAGACAGACGCAGAUACAUGGCUUCUUGAAGAGAUGAAACGUAUACAGUACCAUGUUGAUAUUCGCGUCAUUCAUCGUCGAUAUGUUGUAAUUGAUGUUGACGGCGCUGACUUUGGCAGUGAGAAUAACUCUAUUGAGAAGCACAGCUGUGAUAGCUUUAUUGAUGAAAUCAAGGGCGGUACCUUGAUUACGUGA